AUGACGUAUCCUCUCUCUCUCUCUCUCUCUCUCUCUCUCUCUCUCUCUCUCUCUCUCUCUGCGGCAGAUAACACGCGCAUGCGCGUACAUAUUUGCCUCACUCCUAUUCUCUCUUUAUCCCUUUCUAUCCCGUUCUCUCUUUCUCUCUCUACUCCAUUCUCUCUCACUUUUGAUUCCAUUCUCUCUCCCUGUCUAUCCCAUUUUCUCUCUCCCUAUCUAUGCUAUUCUUUCUCUUUCUCUCUCCAUUCUAUUGCAUUAACUCUAUCGCCAUUUCUAUCCAUUCUCUCUUUCUUUCUCUCUUUCCAUCCCAUUCCCUCUCCCUUUCUAUCCCAUUCUCCCAUUCUCUCCUUCUAUCCUAUUCUCUUUCUCCCCCCAUUCUAUCCCAUUAUCCCUCUCUCUCUCUCUCUCUCUCUCUCUCUCUCUCUCUCUCUCUCUCCCUUUUUCCCAUUAUCUCUUUCUCUCCCUUUCUGUCCUAUUCUCUCUCUCUUUCUCUCUUUCUAUCUCAUUCUCUCUCCCUCUCUUUUUCUAUCCCAUUUUCCCAUUCUCUCUCUUUCUUACUCUCUUCUCAAAUGCUGCUGUUGGUGUGCAUACAUGUGCGUGCAGACGGUGCCCUUUUCAAUGUGCAAUGCAGUUUAA